CAGCCAUUAAAUAUACUUACUUCUUCCCAACACGCGACUUCAACGAAAGAAAGAUCGUCCAGACGAACGACGCGCAGUUGACAAAUAAGGGAAUGUACGCGAUCGGGAUGAAGGCGUAGCUGAUCAGGUCGACGAAGGGCCAGAAGCCCGCUCCCGCAAUUUGCACUUGCAAUAGGUCGGCCUUGAUCUUUGCUGGUAAAGUGGAGAGUCCUUCUCCUUGGGCGCAGGCCGCGGCAAAAAAGACGAUGGUCACGAGCGGGCCGAAGAAAAUUUGGCCCAACAAAGCCUUGGUCAGUAUCUCCUUGAGGCCGUUCUUCGGGAUGAGGCGCGUGAUCUGCGCGUACCAGACGUGCGCCUGCGUUGUUUUUUUCGUGAGUUUUUUGUGUUGCUUCGACGGCGUCUCGGCGGCGCCACCUCGACGCCGUCGACGCGUUUUCCCACGCCGAUCUCAGCACCGCCGGCGCGAAGUACAAACCACCAAUCGCCGUCGUCGUCAGCAGCCGCGUCGCGUCGGGCUCCUUGACCCUUUCCAAUUUCUGGGCGCAGGCGUCGCUCGCGCCGAAGAUGACCGCGCUCGUCGCGGCUUUCGUGGCGAGCGGCGCCUUGUCCAUGCAGCGCGCGUAGGUCUGCGCGGCGGCGCCGAGCGCGCCCGGGACGCGGAGCGCGUUGGUGGGGCGCGUCGCCUGUGUGGUGUUGUUGUUCUAUUACGUCGCUCGGCCUUCACGCGGCGUCGAUGGCGUACUCUCGUUCCGACCCGUUCCCACUCACGAGCCUUCAUCGUGCCGAGGCGCGUCGAUGGUGUACUGGCGGGUACCGACGGCGUACUCCACCGCAUCAGUACAAGACCAGUUCGACGCGCAUCAGUACCCCACCAGUACGCCAGCGCCGCACGUCAGCACGAAACGAGCGUGUCUCUCUCUCCCCGACGGCAUCGCGACGGUAUGUCCGCCUCGCCAUCGAGGCGACGCCGUCGAGUGUGAGUCGCCUCGACGCCAUCGAACAGGCGUCGCGUCGAAUGGCGUGUACAGGGCAUGAUUGAUUCGUGCGCUGCUUCGCGCGGCGAGGAGGAGCGCGGCGAGCUUGCGGCGCAUUGUCGUUGCUGCUGUGUUGUUUACGCGACGCGUUCGUUGCACCGCUCGCCUUCGCGAGCUUGUUCAAUUGCAGCACUCUGAGAGCACCAGCCAAUAGUGGUCGCACGCGCGCGUGCGUUGCUACAGCUGCCCUGCAGCGUGUUUUGUGGCUUCAGUCGCGGUAAAUUGCUGCUCUGGCCGCGCUUACAAGUCGCGGGAGCCUGUAAUUGCGCAGUGCAGCAGGC